AUGUUCACAAAAAAACCAAAACCUGUGCACCGUGUUCGAUCACAUGGCACACACGGCAGUACUGACUUUAAAAAUACCAUGAUUACUCGCAACGACAUCCAUUGCGGCUUAGUGGACUGCCCGCUCUGCCCCAACCUAUUUCCAAUGGAGGCCAUCCCACCUUCGCUUCUUCAGACACGCCCCUUGCUAAUUCCAGAUACAGAUGUUGUGCUGCAAAAUGUUAACGCUUUAGAGGAUUCUCGUGUCGAGAACAUUAUCUUCUUGAGUACGGUGUUGGCAGAAGUCCAAUCUCGCAACAAGGCUAUUUACAUGCGCCUGCAGAACAUAAUAAAAGAUGGAUCUAUUAAGCAUUGCUACGUCUUUGCGAAUGAUCGCCAUGAACAAACACACUGCCUUCCACUGAAGGAUGAAACACCGCAUGAAUACAAUGACCGGUGUAUAGGCGUGGCCUCUCUGUGGUAUAGCCGGCACGUAUUGAAGGCCUUUCCUCUCCUUGACGAGGCCUUACCUGUGAUAUUCGUUACUCACAACAAUACACAGAAGAAGCGGUUUGAUUCCGCUGAAGAGGCUGAGAUAAUGCCGAACUUCCACUGCUUGGGUAUGCGUGAGUAUGUGGAAACUUUUAUUAGUACCGAUUCGGAUCUUGCCGAAAAAGUCAAGAUGAGCGAAACCCCCUCAGGCGGUGGUUCUUCUUCCAACACUGGGGCCAACAUUUUCACCCCGUAUCUUCCCUCAGCAGCGCUUGAAUCAGGGGUAAAAAUGGGACUCCUUUUUCGUGGCAAGCUGCGUAUUAGUGAUUCGAGCUGUUUUUUUGGCGAAAUACGCGGCAAAUUUGAGGGGCACAACUUCGAUCGUAUUAUUGUUCCAGGCCGCAGUAAUUUGAAUCGCGCUAUACAUGACGAUGUUGUAGUGGUUAAGCUCUUACCUUUAGGUCAAUGGCGAAGUCGCGGUGGUCGCAGCAACCAAAACACCGCUAGCAGCAAGAGCACUAGUCAUGAUGCUUCUUCCCUGGACCUCGCGGCGCUGCCAUAUGAGCAGAGGUCAACCAAAGAGGGUGUGGAUGUCGCAUCCAUGACCGAGGAGGAGGCAUUGGGCCUGGGUUACACGGCCACAGGGGAGGUUGUGGGUAUCGAACGUAUGUGUCGCCGUCCCUUCUGCGGAAGCAUUGACGCGGAGGAUGUUGAUCGUUUAUCUGCCGGCUCUUCUGGGAUGCUAUCCCUGCUUUUCAGACCUAAGGAUAACCGCAUUCCUCGUAUCCGGAUCACCACGAGACACGCAAAUGAUCUCAAGGAUAAGAGGCUUAGUGUUGUUAUAGAUGACUGGCCCUUAAACUGUAGCUUUCCACUCGGACAUUAUGUGGAGGUGCUCGGUAAGAUCGGUGAUCCUGACACGGAGGCAAAGGUUAUUCUUAUCGAAAAUGAUAUCCCUCAUUAUGACUUCAGCGAGGCGGUUUAUGAUUGCUUACCCAAAGGUCACUGGUCGGUGACGCCGGAGGAGGAGGCCGUGCGGCUGGAUCUACGCGAUCUGGAUAUCGUCAGCAUUGAUCCAUUGGGCUGCCGCGAUAUCGAUGACGCCUUGCACUGCCGUGUGGUCAACCAGAAUCACUGGGAAGUUGGUGUUCACAUUGCCGAUGUUACGCAUUUUGUCGGCGAACAGACUGCCAUUGAUAAGGAAGCAGCUAAACGCAGCACAAGUGUAUAUUUAGUGGAUCGGCGCAUCAAUAUGUUGCCGCAGUUGCUCACUGAGAAUCUCUGUUCCCUUGUUGAGGGUGAGGAUCGCUACGCUUUUUCCGCAAUGUGGGAAUUUGAUGAGAAUCAUAAUCUUGUACAGAGUUGGUUCGGAAAGACCAUCAUCCGAUCUCGUCGUGCGUUUUACUAUGGUGACGCGCAACGCAUGAUCGAUGACAUACAGGACCAGUCUAAUAUAGCUCAAUCACUGCGUCGCCUGAUGACCCUCGCACGGCAUCUUCGGGCUAACCGUGAAAAGGACGGCGCCCUUUUCUUGGCUUCACAGGAAUUUAAAUUCAAGGUCGACAUGAACCAUGUUGAUAGAACGGAUAUGCAAGAGUAUGAGACAUUUGAGGCUAACUCAAUGGUUGAGGAGUGGAUGUUGUACGCGAACGUGGCUGUGGCGAGGAAGAUUUACGAGCAUUUCCCCAACUGGACUUUGUUGCGGCGGCACCAGCGGCCAGGGGAUGGGGCCUUUGAUGCCCUCAAUGAGGCUCUCAUGAAGAAGGUUAAUCUGCGCCUAGAUGAUACCUCUUCAUUAUCUCUCAGUCGUUCGCUGAAUUCUUGCGUUAGUCCGGUUGACGACUACUUCAACAAGCUCAUUCGUAUCCUUGCGACACGAUGCCUUCGUCAGGCGCAGUACUUCUCAAGUGGUGAGAUCCCGAAGGAUGAGUACUAUCACUUUGGCCUUGCUAUGAGUAUGUACACCCACUUUACAUCGCCAAUUCGACGUUAUGCUGAUGUCAUUGUGCACCGUCAGCUCGCUGCGGCUAUCGGCAUCAGCGAUGUCAAUACUGCAAUCAUGAACGCCGGUAACGUUCAAGCGCUGGCGGAAGACAUGAAUUAUCGUCAUGAACAGGCGCAGCGCGCCGGACGCGAUUCUCAGAAUCUAUACACGGGCUUUUACUUGCAGAGCAUUGAGUCACGCGGCGCGGCGAUUGAAGAGGAUGCCUAUGUGGUCCGUCUUUCGGAUGCUUACAUAUCGUUGUUGGUUCCUAAGUUUGGUCAAGAGAGUCGCAUCUUGAAGGAGAGCCUUUUGAGGGUUCCUGAGCUACUGGACAGCGUCCGCGUUAGGAUUGACGUCCGAGGCAGUAAUAAGCAGAAUCCCUCUAGAGCGAAGAUAGAGUGCUCUAUUCUUGGGUACAUGCGAUGUGAUUCCGAGCAAGAGGCGAAAAUUAGCGAGGAUCCUAUGGAGAUUGCAGACGGUAGAACAAAUACAGCGACCGAGGAUGAUAUUGUAACUCCUGAAUCGAAAAAGCCGAGAACCAAGGAGAACUCCAGGUAA